ACCAUUUUGCGGGGGGGAUCGGCGGAGCGGCGGCGCCGGGCCCACACACAGGAAGCGCGGAGCCUCCCGCGGGCGGGCGCGGGGCCGGAGGCUGCGGCCCUGAAGGGGCUGAGCUGGGCGGUGAGGCGCGGCCUGUAGGCUCCGGGCCCAGCGCUGCGGGGAGGAGACGGGCGGCACCGAGCGACCGUUGCGGGGUUUAUUUUUUUUUUCUUUCCCUCCCCCCUCGGCUGCGGGAGGCUUCCAACGGGCCGGGCCCGAAGCGCCGGGGAAAAUGUCCAGGCCUGUCAGGAACAGGAAGGUGGUCGAUUACUCCCAGUUUCAGGAAUCAGAUGAUGCUGAUGAAGAUUAUGGGAGAGAUUCAGGUCCCCCAUCCAAGAAAAUCCGCUCAUCUCCCCGAGAGGCUAAAAAUAAGAGGAGAUCUGGGAAGAAUUCUCAGGAAGACAGUGAGGAUUCAGAGGAAAAAGAUGUGAAGACUAAGAAAGAUGAUUCGCACUCAGCAGAUGAAGAUUUUGGCAGUGAAGAUGAUGACUUAGGAGCAGAUGAUGGCAAAGCUGACAGUGACUAUGAGAGUUCUCAAAAAAGCAAAAAAGGAAAGAAGGCCAAACCAGAUAAGAAUAAGAGAGCCUCUAAAUCCAGGAAAAGGCCUGCAGAGGACAGUGAGGAUGAGAAAGAAGACCACAAAAACGUGCGUCAGCAGAGACAGGCAGCAUCCAAAGCAGCUUCCAAACAACGAGAGAUGCUUAUGGAUGAUGUGGGUAGUGAGGAGGAAGAACAAGAGGAUGAUGAGGCACAGUUCCAAGAGAAUUCAGGAAGCGAUGAAGAUUUUCUCAUGGAAGAUGAUGAUGAUAGUGACUAUGGCAGUUCAAAAAAGAAAAAUAAAAAGGCCUCCAAGAAGUCCAAGCCAGAGAGGAAAGAAAAGAAGAUGCCAAAGCCCAGGCUAAAGGCUACAGUGACUCCCAGUCCAGUGAAAGGCAAAGGGAAGGCAGGCCGCCCCACAGCUUCCAAGACAACAAAAGAAAAGACCCCAUCCCCCAAAGAAGAGGAUGAAGAGCCUGAAAGUCCUCCAGAAAAGAAAAAAUCAGCCAGCCCUCCACCAGAGAAGUCAGGGGAUGAGGGAUCUGAAGAGGAAGCACCCUCUGGUGAAGAUUAAAUGGCAGUUGAGGAUAUCUUUGUUUAAAAAAAAAAAAAAAAAGAGAGAGAAAAAAGGAAAAAGAAAACAUACUUAGGGGUAGAACACGGUUUUGGCUGUGGCUUGACUCAUGGGCUUUGAAUGCUGUCUUUACUUUCAGCUGUUUAAUACAGUGUAUCCUUUUUUUAAUAAGAGGAAACCCUCAUACAGUAAUAUUUUGAAGUCACUGUUCUCUGUUGGCCAUUCCGUUCUCCCUCCCCCUCCAAAUCCUAAAGCCAUUUGGGACAAAUUGACAGACCAUUUGAAUAUAUAUUUUUUUCAAGGGAUACUGCAGUUGUGAAGCAAUAAGGUUUGGGACUGAUAAAUGGAAACCACACUCACAAAUCACUGAAUAGAAUAGAUUUCCCAGUGCUGGUAAGAGUUCUUCAAAACUAUAAUUCUGUAUUUGAAUACGUGGUUAAAAAAACAAACAAACCAACCAUGCUUUAAUAGACUUUUCUCAAUAGAAGUACCUUCUCUCAGAAAAAGAAAAAUAUAUAUAUAAACUGCAAAAGAGGAAACAUGGGGAGGAAGCCUGUGUUUCUUGGAUUCAUGCAACUUUUUAAUGGAAAGCAAUCAAGAGACUUAUAGGGGGUCCACUAUCUUUUAUCUGGAAAAAUCCUCCAGUUAGGAUGCAAGCUCUUUCAUCUUUCCUGGAUAGAAUACUAUUCUGCUUAGGCAGAUCUCAGUUCAUUCUAUACUAUUUCAGACACACAACCUAGAAGCUGCUCACAUCCACUAAUUCUGUUUUACUUCUUCCAGUGUUGGCUAUAGAUGGGCAGAAUAGGGAAGAGAAAUUUUGAAAACAAGUUUUAAAGCUCUGGUUUCCAGUUGACAUUGUGGAAAUUUUCUUUAGAAUUCCAAGGGAAAAAAAUGAUGGACAUUAUAGAAGUAGAUACUUUUUUUUUUUGUCUUUUGGGUUGAGGGAUGUCCUUUCAUAAAUGUGAAGCAAAGGAUUCCUGUAAUGCUCUGGUCAGUCUCGGAUCCCAUGAGUCACGCUUAAGUGCUUCUCUUCUCUCCACCAUCUGUCCUCAGAAAGGCUGUGUAAUCAUGUCUAAGCCUCUCCAGCUACAGUGUUGGACAGUAGACUUUCAUCAAUAGUGUACACCACCCCAGUACCACUUCCAUUUCUUCAUCCUCCCGUCCUGCAGUAUGGGAGGAUUUAUUCAUUCUGCUCCCACACUGACAUGUCUGCCUCUGUUGGUUGUCGUUCUGUUCCCUAAGCCUAAAAAGCGUGGAGUAGGGAACAACAUUAAAGGAUGAAGCUGAGAGGAAAUGAAGUUUGAAAACAGUGUAGCAGGGCUAUAGUUUUAUAACAAAAGCAGGAUGUCCCUCUAAACAUGAGAUACUUGAGGUGUGUGUAGUGGCAUUUUAAUGUGUUUUUAUCAAAGCAGCCAUAUCCUUCUUUUUUUUAAACUUAAUUGAAGUACACAAGCCUUGGUUUUCAAACCCUGAUGCAGAGAUUGCUGCCAUGUUUGUUGGUGGAAAUAUUAAAAACUGGAUCUGCCAUUUUUCUUUCUUUUUUCCUUAGACCCUUUGUGCUUUUGUAUGUUGCUCACAGUUACCUUACAGCUGACAAGCUUUGCAUCUCUUUUUUUUUUUUUGUCACUGAAGUACAUAUUUUGUAACCAGCCUCUUGAAGGUAACAUAAGGCAGCUAACUAGUUGGAUUUCUGGUGCACGUGCUACCAGAUUUUUAAUCUUGUUUGGACUUCAGAGAGCUUUUAGAUGUGAUACACUAAUAUGACCAGGAAGGACACUUGGCUGAAUGGCAGAGGGAGCCCGAAGAUACUGAGCACAGUGUGGAGCCUAUACCACAGAAUGGAACAUUAAUAUAACGGCCAAGUGAUUGUCUUGUGUGAUUCAUAGCCAUGGAUUUUAAUGAGGCUGGUAAAUUACUUUACCUUGGCUUAUAAAAAUUGAAGUUCUCUAACAUUCUUUACUUUAAUGAAACUACUGUUGCCGUUACAAUAAAGAUGAUCAGUGUUUCCAUUGUAAAUCUUUUUUUUUAACCUGGCUUAGUUUUGCAGAACAACUUAAGGCUGGAGUCAAGUAUCAGUCUUCGAAAAGAGGUGAACAUACUCCCCUUUCCUCCUCAUCAACUUUUCCCAUCUUCUGGGAGGGUUGAGCCUCUUGCAUCCCCUGCACUCCUAGCUCAGCAUUUCUUGGGUAAUACGGGAAAACAAUGGCCAAAUUUCAAAUAAUGUCUGGAUUGAUAUUUUUGGGGGUAGUAUAUUCUUUCCUUAGUGUCUGGCCCACGUAGUUUUUCCCCCUUCAGUCAAGAUUGUGUUUCAAGUUAUUCUAGUCUCUUUAGGGUCUUGAUUUAUUUUUUGGUAUUGAAAUGUACAAGGAUCACAUAAAUGUAGAAUACCUCUAGUUGAUCUAAUCACACAGCUAUUUCUUUACCUGCUAGACCAGAUUUUUUUCUGAAGAGUGUAUUUUGUAAGUUCCACUUAAGAUAUAUAUUUGUGUUGUUCUUUUUUAAUUUUCCUAACACGGUUAACUUAAGUUCAGGCUGUGAAAAAUGCAUUUCCGUUGUUUUCAGUUCAGGUUUUGGACUGCACAUUAUUUUAUGCCUGGUGAUUUUGGCCCUUUCUCUUGUAAAACUUCUGUUUUCUCAUACAUUCAUCUCUAAUGGCUGUCACGGGCUGCAUGAUGCUAUCUUUGAGUUUGUGUCACAACCCAAACACUAUGUAAAUCCUGUUCUACUACUGGGAUUUUGUAACAUUUUCUGUAGCCUUACUGUUUUGCUGGUUUGUGCAGACACUAAGCCCUAAUGGUCUCUUGGUUACCCUGUUAGAAACACCGCAGUUUAUAUUUUUACAGAUGGAAGAAAAUUGUGAAGGUUAAUACAUAACUUUUCUUUUUAGUACACGCUUUUCAAUAGCAACAGAGUUAACGUUUUGAAAUGUCCUUCUAAAUUAAUUUGUAUUUUAAGCAUUCUGGUUUCUUGAAGGAAAGCUGUUUUAAAAAAAAAAAAAGAAAGCCUUUCUCUAGAGAUGUGAAUAGUCCUCCAAGGAGCAGAAAGCUUCAUUC